GAUUAAUCCUCCGCACUACCGCGACGCCAGCAAACAGGCCUGACCCGUGUAAAUUGAAAUUGCAGUGAGCUGACCGUCAACCUCAUCUCCCCUGCGCUUCACAUUGCAUGAGCACUCCCUUCUGAUCCCCUCGUCACCCUCGGAUUUCUAUCGCGAGCCAUGCGGACGAUCUCUCGACUCUCCCGGGGGUUCCCCGCAUCUCCCCGCGCGCUCCAACGCCGACCCAGACUCCUAGAAUCGCAUCUAGUCGCCUGCUCCCAGAUCGCCCGAUGGAACAGUUCCAACUCACACAAAGAUGAAAGUAGCGGAUCCAAGUCUUCCGGGAAUGCUCCCAAUUCAUGGACGUUAAACCGAACUCUCCUUGCUUCGGCGCUGGCAGCGGGUGUAGGGUACGGAUUCGCUUCCUCAAAACAACCAUCCCAAAUACAGGACAGCCGAAAACCCCAAUACGGGUCCACAAAGGAUUUCGAGAAGGCUAUUGCCGAACUGCGUGCGAAGCUAGGUGAAGAAGCAAUCAGCAUCGACGAAGACGACCUUCAGCGACAUGGGUUCUCGGAAUGGUCCAGCGUCAAUGCGGAUCGAUUGCCGGUCGCAAUUGCGUAUCCAACCAGUACAGAGGACGUCUCGGAGAUCGCGAAGAUUUGUCACAAAUACAAGAUGCCGAUGGUUCCCUACUCCGGAGGCUCCAGCCUGGAAGCCAACUUCUCUGCCCCCCAUGGUGGAAUGACAAUCGAUUUUGGUCUUAUGAACAAAAUCAUCCAGCUUAAUGAGGACGAUAUGGAUGUCGUGGUUCAACCGUCGAUCCAAUGGAUGGAGCUGAAUGAGAAAAUCAAAGACAGCGGGCUCUUCUUUCCCGUCGAUCCUGGCCCGUCCGCGAUGAUAGGUGGUAUGGUCGGAACAAACUGCAGCGGCACAAAUGCAGUGCGAUAUGGUACGAUGAAAGACUGGGUCAUUAACCUCACCGUCGUCCUGGCGGAUGGCCGAGUCAUGAAGACACGCAGACGCCCACGGAAAACUUCUGCUGGAUACAAUUUGACAGGAUUGUUCGUGGGCUCCGAGGGAACGCUUGGAAUUGUGACCGAGGCCACUCUUAAACUGGCACCAAUUCCGGAACAAACCCGCGUAGGAGUUGUCGCCUUUCCCACAAUGCACGAUGCUGCAUCGACGGCGAUGCAGCUAAUCCGGAAAGGCAUCCCGGUUCAAUGUAUGGAGAUUCUGGAUGAUGUCCAGAUGGAUGUGAUUAAUCGAGCUGGUGGGACAGGACGCGAAUGGAAGACACUGUCCACGCUCUUCUUCAAAUUUUCCGGUACAAGUGCUGGUGUCGCCGAUAGCAUCAGUUUGACCAAGAAUCUGGCCUCACAAAACCAUGCCUCAUCCUUCGAAUUUGCCAAAAAUGAGCAAGAGGCAAAUGACCUAUGGUCGGCGCGAAAACAAGCCCUCUGGAGUAUGAUGGCGCUGCGAAAAGAAGGCUCGGAGGUAUGGUCCACCGACGUAGCCGUGCCGAUCUCCAGGCUACCUGAUAUUAUCGCAAUCACCAAGAAAGAGCUGGACAACCUAGGCUUGUUUGCAAGUAUCCUUGGCCACAUUGGCGAUGGGAAUUUCCAUUCCAGCAUCAUGUAUGACCGCAAAGAUCCGGAAGAACGGGAGCGAGUCGAGAAAUUUGUUUACGACAUGGUUGACCGCGCUCUCGAGAUGGAGGGCUCUAGCACUGGCGAACACGGAGUUGGCUUGGGCAAGAAGAAGUCCCUUAAGAAGGAGCUCGGGCCUGAGACAAUUGAUGUAAUGCGCAGCAUCAAAGCCUCUCUUGACCCCCACUGGUUGUUGAACCCCGGGAAAAUCUUCGACCAUUCAAAUGAAUCAUAAGGGCUCGUUGUCUCGGUAGGCACUAUACCUACUAGGUAGUGCCUGAUUGCGAUGUCCUCACGUCGGCAAGACCUGCGGAAUGGUAUCUCGGCACCCACAAUUUUUGAUAUAUAGCAUUGUUUAUUCAGGUAGACAAAAUAUUUGGCG